AUGAAGGACAAAAUUGAGGAAAAAGUUACGACCGGUAGACUUUUUACCUGCUUCGACGAACAGAAUGCUUAUGUAUCGGAGGAUCAGAUUCUGUUCGGAAUUGAUUUUGGGACGACAUUCAGCAGAAUUGCAUUUGCUUGUCUUUCAAAUGAAGAUCCAAAAGUUCUUGUGGUGAACUGUUGGCCAGAACUGGACCGUAAACAAGCGAAAAUCCCCAAGAUCGUAAGCUACGGAAUGUACAAUAGAAAAUUUAGCUGGGGAUCACAGGCUUCUGACGACUAUUCGAUACACGGCAUUAAACUACUGCUUGACCCUAAACAGGAUAUGCCAUCCUACAUUCCAGAAUCAUUUCUGAAGAGCAAUCUCGAACACUGUGGAAAGCCAGCCGUUGACGUAGCCGCCGACUUUCUUCAGGCCUUGCAGGCUGGUUUGCAUCCAGUAGCACUUAUCAAAGAGCCAGAGGCCGCGGCAUUUCAUACUUUACACGAAUUAAAAAACAAGGGGUAG